UCAUCCUGUUAUCCUGAUAACUCCGGCGAUUUUUCGAAGCUCAAGAGACCAUGGCCUAGCCUCCCUCGUUUAACCUCUUUGUCUUGGAAUGAGAGUAAAGAGAAAGAGAAGGAGAGGGAGUGAAAGGGGGAGAAUUGAGAGAGAGAUGAGUGGAGAUAAAUUUACAUAAAUGCAGGUUCUCCGAGUCAAAAAUCUAACCAGAACAGCCAAGUCAGUCGAAAUUAGACUUUACAACGUUUGCUGCAAAUUUUUUUCAGUAGAAAAAUUAUGGUGCAGUUUUGAUGCAGAACUUAUGUGGAAUAUUGUUGGUGGAAUUACGGUGAAAGUUAUGACGGCGGAUUGACAGCGAAAAUCAAGUAAAACAAUUUGAUUAACGGAUUAACGGCAGAAAUCUAGCAGUACGCGCGUUCAACGGAUACUCUUGUUUGCAAGCUCGUAGCUGUGUCCACACAAUAUCUUCAGCUCGUUCACUGAGUGAGUCUUCUCCGGUCUUCUCAAGUCUCAGGGAGUAUAAUAUACUAUGCUCAGCAUAGUGUCGAUCUCGUCCGAGUCAUGAAAAUUUAACGGGAACCGGCCACGGGUCUCCCAUCAUCAUCCCGUAGCGCUCUCUACCUGCCGUGUCCAGGAUUAAUUCGCGAUUGUGGUGUCCUGGGCCCCCGAGGACCCGUGAGAACCCGACGGUGAACGGAAGGGAACGCGGAGAACGCGUCCGAUCGCCGUUGCGGAAGGUGUGUGCCUCGGUUCCAGCGCGGUCGCGUGACGGCCAGAUUUCAGUUUCAACCUGAGACAUUCUCUUUCCUCGGCACCGCGUCCUUCCGCGUGGAUCUCCUCGGUGUAACACAUACAUUAUAUACAUAUAUAUAUAAUAUAUAUACAGCCGCGACGAGAGAUCGGACGCGCGCAUUCCGCAGGAGGCGGAUGAUCGCCGCGUUGGAGAUGUGAGAAUUUUCGGAGCGAGCUCCGUGAACGACCCGCAGAAUGGCCUUUCUGUGCCCUGUACGCAUACGUCGCGGAAAGAAGAAGAAACCCGGAACACACAACUUUAAUUUGGAGAAAGAGUGUGGGACGGGUGGUACAGGACUUGGUUUGGGCACUAGGGUGCCAUUGCCGCCUGGUCGGAUAACUGGAAGCGCGAGCAUUGAGACUCUCGUAAGGGUCGGCAUUGAAAAGGAGAAUGGACUCUCUCCGGACAGUAAAAUGGUCAUUGUGCAUGACUUUACCCCCUGCGUGGACGAUGAACUUCAAGUCAAAAGGGGCCAGGUAGUAAACGUGCUUUACAGAGAAAACGAUUGGGUGUACGUAAUAGCGGCUGACACGCGUAUGGAGGGCUUCGUGCCGCACUCGUAUUGCGCCCCGUACACGUCGCAGCUGGCCGAAUUGACGCUGGCCAGUUUGAACAACGUGAAGAAGAAGCUGCCGCGGUCCAGCGAAAACGAAUGCGAUCUUCUCAGCACGGGCCGUCUGCAGGAGACGCAACAGACCGAUACCGGAUCAGCCUCGGAUUGCGAGAGCUACGCGCGAAAUAACAUCACCACCGCGGAUGUCAACGUCAAUCGCUCUAACAUCACGCAGUCCCAGAAUUCCAUACAGACUAUAUCAUCCCAGCCGGACGUACAUCCCUUCUUCAAGACUCAUCAGCGAGAAAUUCUACUGUGCAUCCCGCAGGAUCCAUCAGCCGGAAGAUACAUCGUUCUUUACACGUUCGUGGCGCGGGACGAGAACGACCUCAGCGUUGAGAGGGGCGAAUUCGUGACCGUGCUGAAUCGCGACGAUCCAGAUUGGUUCUGGGUGCUCCGACAUUGCGACGGCAACGAGGGUUUCGUACCGUCCGGUUUCGUUUAUCCUGGUCACGUUCUUAAUUCUUACGCCACCACACUGGCCACCACUGCCACUACAAAUACAGCGUCCGCAGAGGCUCACAGUCCAGGCAAAGGUACGGGGGGCAAUAUACCGGGAGGCGAGUCAUUGCAGCAAAAGGGAGUGCGAGAUUUCCGGGACGAGACGACCGGCACGGAAUUAGUGGUGCUUUACGAUUACAAGGCGCAGGCGCCGGAUGAUCUAUCGGUGAAACGGGCCGAUUGGAUAUAUGCAGAUCUGGGAAAUCAAACGGUGGACGGCUGGCUUUGGGCUUACGCGCCCAAGACUCGCAAGUACGGUUUCAUUCCCAAAGCGUACGCGCGACCCCCUGCUAUGACUAGUUUAUAAUUCGGACUGUUAGAAAAGGAAAAAAAACUUGCCUUUACUGCUUCAAGUAAGUUCGCAAUACCAUCCUUUGCACCAUCCUUUUAUCUAUUGUAUGUCAUCAAGUAUGUGUAAAGAGCGAGAAAUUUAAUAUUUUAUUUAAAUACCUACGACCAAUGAGAUUACUGAGACCGGAUGAUGCGAAAAGUAAAGUGAAUUUAGGCUAAUGGAGGAUAUUUUUAAGAAAUAAACGAGAGAU